AAUUACAUGAGACAUAUCACCCGCAACGUACAUAGAAGAUGGCAGCCUAUAGAACAGAGCCAGCAUUCUGUCGUGGAGAACACACCUUCAAGGUACCAGCUGAAAUGUUCACGGAGAAUAGGAAACGUUUGGUAGAGAGACUGAGAGCAACAAAGAAAGUACCUGCGGGGGCAUAUGUACUCCUCCAAGGUGGAGAAUCAGAAACACGACACUGCUCAGACCAUGAACCUAUUUUUAGACAAGAGUCUUACUUCCACUGGGCUUUUGGCGUGGAGGAACCCGAUUUUUACGGUGCUAUUGAGGUGGACACUGGACGAGGGAUUCUCUUUCCACCUAAGCUUCCUGAUGUAUAUGCAGUCUGGAUGGGAAAACUUCUAGAACUAAAGGAUUUCCAGGUUCGCUAUGGUGUGGAGGAGGCUCAUUGGGCAGAUGAUAUAGCCAAGAUACUGAAAGACAAAAAAGCUUCCCUUCUGCUUACUUUGAGGGGUUUGAACACAGACAGUGGCAAGUACAGUAGAGAAGCAGCAUUUGAUGGCAUCAGUGAGUUCAAAGUUGACAAUGCCAUCUUGCAUCCUGAGAUUUCUGAAUGCCGUGUGUUUAAGACAGAUUUAGAACUGGAAGUAAUGAGGUACUCCAACAGAAUUAGCAGUGAGGCCCACAAAGAGGUGAUGAGAUGUGUUAGGCCUGGAAUGUAUGAAUAUCAGAUGGAAAGUAUCUUCAAGCAUUACUGUCAAUUUAAUGGAGGAAUUCGACUGUUAGCAUACACAUGUAUUUGUGGCAGUGGGGAUAAUGGCUCUGUGUUACACUAUGGACAUGCAGGUGCCCCCAAUGCCAAAAAGGUACAGGACGGAGACAUGUGCCUUCUAGACAUGGGUGGAGAAUAUUACUGUUACACAUCUGACAUUACCUGUUCCUACCCAGCCAAUGGAAAGUUUACAGAAAAACAAAGAGGAAUUUAUGAGACUGUGUAUAAAUCAAGCAGGGCUGUAAUGAAGGCUUUGAAACCAGGUGUGUCAUGGGUGGACAUGCACCUGCUGGCAGAUAGGGUACACCUGGAGGAGCUUAAGAAGCUGGGGCUCCUAAAGGGGGACAUUGAUGAGAUGAUGAAGGUCCGUCUGGGGGCAGUGUUUAUGCCUCAUGGUCUAGGACACUUUAUGGGAAUUGAUACCCAUGAUGUUGGAGGGUAUCCUGAGGGUAUAGAGAGGAGUGAUCAGCCCGGAUUGAAGUCCCUGAGGACGGCCAGAGUAGUCCAACCCAGAAUGGUACUGACUAUAGAACCAGGAGUUUAUUUCAUAGAUGUGCUGUUAGAUGCAGCCUUCAAUAAUCCUGAGCAGUCCCAGUUCAUGUGCCGUGAGGCUUUAAACCAGUACAGAGGUUUUGGAGGGGUACGUAUUGAGGAUGAUGUAGCAGUCACAGAUGACGGGAUGGAGCUGCUGACUUGUGUCCCCCGGACCGUGGAGGAGAUUGAGAGUCUGAUGGCCGAGGGAAGACAACGCACCCAGGUCCCCCUCCCACAGGAAGUGAAAUCAUAAACAGCUGUUUUCACUUGUAUAUCUAUACCGUUAUAUAUAUCAUGCAAGUCACGAACAAUUGAUUUAUAAAUGUAUGUAUUUUCUUGGUCAUUUUAUUUCUAUUUGAUUGAAUUUGAUAAGUUGUGAGAUCCUUUAAUGUAUGACUGUA